AUGACUAAUUACGGAGCAAACAGAAAGCCCCUCUUUAAUCAAUUGUCCAAUCUAUGGACUAAUCUGCAACACCAGGUAAUACUAUUAUCCAGAUACAGUACUAUUGUUUCGAAUUUAGAAAACUAUUCAAAGUCGAUGGAAUUCAAUCAAACCUUCUUCGACGACUUAUUACGAACACAAGUUAAUGACGAAAACCGAAUAAGGGAACGUACGAGUGUUUGCCUUAUUCCAACUUCAACUAUUGCGAUUUUCUUAGGGGAAGAAGACAAUGGAUCCGAUGAAAAUAUUAUAGAUCUCGACAGUAUAGAUUAUGAGUGCAACCUUACAAAAUGCAAGACAACCUCUACUCAGACUGUAAAAUCGCACAGCACUAACUCGAUAAGAACUACAACUGUUAUAUCGAAAGAACAAGACACUCAAACCCAUGUCGAUAAAUUCACAAACGUUCCAACUCCAUCAAACUUUGUAUUCGGUUUAAGAGGAAGAAAAGACGAUAAACAGUUCGUGAUUGAUCUAACUAGAUCAAUAACAAAGUAG